CUGCCGUGCCCCUUGACUUGGUCGUCCGCGGUCAUCAUCCCUUGAUUGACAGAUUGGCAGACUCCCCACAGCCAGCAAGUCGCGGGCGGCAAGUCCACGUCCUGGGCUUCUGAGACAGGUUGGAUGUGAAAUCGGCAAGGCUGGCCUGAUUUGUUUGAUCAUUUUUCUCCUGAUCCGGUGCGUCAACCAGCGUCCAUCCGAGCACUGUCUUGACAUAUUGCAGAUAAAUUGCUACCUUUUAAGUUCUCUCUGCUGCUUGGGGAUUCCUGCGAGGACAAAGUGGAACAACAUGAUUGAAGGCGGGUGUUGGAGACGCCUGACCAGGCGUGUUUGAACAACAGUGGAGUUGAGUGAGCGAAGUAUCUGGCUGUGCUCUCCUCUGCUGUUUUUUUCAUUCUCUCAUAGUCUCUGAGAGAGAGAGAGAGAGAGAGAGAGAGAGAGAGAGAGAGAGAGAGAGAGAGAGAGAGAGAGAGAGAGAGAGAGAGAGAGAGGAGAAAGUAAGGAGCCAUGUCGUGGCUUCCAGUGAAUUUUGGGAAGCUGAGCGACUUGAGUGACAUUGCCGACUCGUUCAACAAACUCAGCGAGAGCGUUAAAAACAUUGAAUUAAAUUUUGACACAGCGCUUGGAUUCGAGAAUGCGAACGCCACCGAUGGCCAGAAUAAACAAGCAAAGACUGAAGAUAAUGAUGCAGUUGCUGCGGCUUUCAAGGGGCUUUCUCGAUUAUCGGGAGUCGUAGGUCUCACUGCGAGCAGCAGCCAGGCCGCACCAACUGAAGAAGAUGGAGAGAAGAAGGGAGGUGCCAAGCCAUCCGUCGCAACCCGCGUGGCAGGCUCAGAGCCUUCACCUCUGACGAGUGAACAGGUCGGGAGUGACAGAGGGGAGAUCAGACCGACUGCAGCGGAUUCUUUGACGGUGGAGUCUGCUUCAACCUCUUCGCAGGGCAAAGACGGCGCCGACAGAGUAGAUGGGGACACGGCUGCAAGGGGAGGAGAAGAUGAAAGUGGCGAUGCUUCAGAGUUGGCGAGGGGAAAAGUUGGUGAGGAUACGGAUCGCCGGGCUGAGGAUAGUGAGGGGACGAUGGAAGCGGAGGUAUUGCCAAGCCCCACGGGCCGUGCUGUCGACGCGGCACACACACAUCCUUCCGUGGCCAGUGCGGUCAUUGCUGUUGCCGAGGGAGAUGAAGGGAGUGCAGAGUCGGGAGACAGAGGACGAGCGGAACACCGAGGAAGUGAGGAAACUGGGGUGCCUGCUGAAAACGAUCAGAUCAUCACUGAAAGCACACGUGACAUUGCACUUGCGUCGAGCAAGAUGGCCGCGGCGACAAUAAGUGGGAUAGAUGGUGCUGCUGCUACUUCGCCAGAGUCACUGGCGGCGAAAGUGGUCGUGGAUGGAGCGACUUCGCUUCCCAAAGCGCCCAGUGAUCAUUCACCCAAGACGACGAAAGGGACAGCGGAUGUAAUUGAGCCGGGAGACCCGGAGCUGGGAGAUGGAGGGACUAAACAAAGCACAGGCACCAGGGAUGAAUCGAUGCCACCCCCCUCACCUUUGGGCAUGGCGGAUGUGGACAAGGGACCAACGGCGCUUAGUUCACAGGAAAAGGAAGAACUGGUGACACUGAGAAAGGACAUGGAAAUGAUGCAAACUGCUGUGCAGAGUGCUGCCAAGCAAGCGCAGACAAAGGCUGAUGAGCUGUCGAGGAUCAUGUUUCUGAAUGAUCAACUCCGCGGAGAGCUUUCUGAGCUGAAGAAUAAAGCGUCGAAUGAUGCAGAAAUGGAGAUGCUGAAGGAGGAGUUCCAGAUUCGGCUUGGAGCUGCCGAAAGAAAGGUAUAUGCACUUACGAAAGAACGAGAUAUGCUGAAAAAGGAGCACUCGAAAAGCAUGGACACGUCGACGCUGUUGAAGGAGAAGGAUGAAAUCAUAAAGCAAGUUAUGGCAGAAGGGGAGGAGCUUUCCAAAAAGCAGGCAACUCAGGAGCUCACAAUUAAGAAGCUGAGGGCGCAGGCUGCUGCCAGAGAAGACACACUGCGAAGAGAUAUUGAAGAUCUGGAGCGGCGUUGCCAGGCAGCAGAACAGAAGCAUGAAGAACUUGUUAGCCAGAUGCCAGAUUCGACUAGACCAUUGUUAAGGCAGAUUGAAGCUUUGCAGGAGUCGUUGGCGAUACGAGCGGAGGGAUGGAAACGCGUGGAGCAAGCUAUGAACACAAGGGUUCGGGCGGCAGAGGCAGGUGUGGUGGCCGCUCAGGAGAGGGAACAGAUGAUGAGUGAGCGGUUGAGUCAGACAACUUCCCGGCUUGCUGUUAUGGAAGCACAGCUCUCGUGUUUGCGAGCAGAACAUGCACAACUUUCGCGGGCGCUCGAGAAAGAGCGACAAAGAGCACAGGAGAACCGACAAGAAUAUCUGGCUGCAUCGGAGGCGGCUGUGACCCACGAGGGCCGUGCAAAGCAGCUCGAGGAAGAGAUUAGGGAACUGAGAAUACGACAUAGAAAGGAGCUGGCUGAAGAGAGAAGCCGGCGCGAGGCCAUCAAGAAGGAGAUCGAGAGGGAGAAAGCAGUGACUGUGGAGAACGAGAAACGUGUACAGGCAGAAGGCCGCGCGUCGGCGGAGAAAGCCGUGGCAAAUGCCCAGCAGGCCAUGGCCAAGGAGCAGCAACAACAGCAACAGCAACUACAACAGCAACAGCAGAGUCAAAACCGUCUGCGGCGGAUGUCGAGCUCCAGCAGUGCAGGUAGUAUCGAGGAGAGCUUCCUCCUGCAGGCUUCGCUUCAAGGGAGCCCUGUCCAUAUUUCCUCCUCAUCGACAAGCAAUGGUCCCGUCGCGCCGGUUCUUGGGGGGCGAUUGGUCAAGGGGCCUAGCACUCUGGAGCAGAUGGACUUGCUGCUUCGACAGAAAGAAGGAGAACUUGCAUCUUAUGCUUCACGAUUGGCGGCGCUCGAGUCAACUCGGGACUCGUUAGCGGAAGAGCUUGUCAAAUCCACAACGCAGUGUGAAAGCUAUAAGGCAGAAGCGUCAUCACUACCUGGCUUGCGGGCCGAGCUGGAGGCACUCCGCAAACGGCAUGCCUCUGCGUUGGAGCUCAUGGGAGAGCGUGACGAGCAGGUGGAGGAAUUACGAGCGGACCUUGCUGAUAUCAAGCAGAUGUAUCGUGAGCAGAUUGAUAUGCUUGUCAAUCAAAUUGAGAGGAUGAGUGCGCAAUUGGAUGCAAGUCAACGUACGAGCCACUAAAAGAGGCAUCAUCAGUGAACGGCACUGAAUGCGCUUUUGAGAAACCUCUUGAAGUUCAUAGGAGAUUUGUUGUGGCCCAGCAGUGUGUUGGGAAUUUUUCAAUACCAGGGGCCAGGUCUUUGAAUAGGUGGAAAUGUGUUCUGUUUUUUUUUUUGUUUUGUUUUUUUUUCCCCCUGCGUCUUGGUGAAAUUUAUUAAUAAGCAGUGACUCCAGUGAGGAUAAUGUUCGCAAUCCGUUUGCGACUUGUGGUUUGCAUUGCAGAGCGGGGGGGAGGGAGGAGGAAUGAGGAAUGAGGAAUGAGGGCAUGCAUAAUCACACUAGGAACUUUUCGACUCCCUUUGGACAGAUUGCAAGGGGGUUUAGGAUGUUUAGACUCCAGAGCUAGACAGAGUGGGAGAGAGUUUCAUGUCGUCUCUCGAUAAAAGAAGUCAGUUCUGGCAGAACAUGUGUGCAUGCCGAAAGUGCGUAUAUCAAAUAUCUACAUGUCUCUGUGCAAGAUCCUUGAUGAACUGGAACUGGAAGCUGGAUGAGUGGGUCGAUUGGUAAGGUCUCACAGUGGCCAAUCUAAUGAACAUAUCCUGCAUAU